UCAAGUUUACAAGCUUUCCACAAAACAAAUACACAAUUGGUUAUUUCCCUUGCUUCCUCACUUCUCUCUCCAAACUCGUUCGUUGUAGUACAAUAAUUAAUGAUUUCGUUGGCAAAAUGAAGAUUCCAUUUCUCUCUCUCACCUUUUGCUUCGCAACCUUCGCUUUGGGAGCCGCUGUACUGCUGAAGGAUGAAGUGGAAGCUUUACGUGAGAUAGCGAAGACGUUAGGGAAGACGGACUGGAAUUUCAACGGAGAUCCAUGCAGUGGUGGAUCUGGAUGGGUCGACCCAGUAGACGGAUCAAAAGAGAAUAAUCUUACCUGUGACUGCUCCUUCUCCAGUGGAACUAUGUGCCACGUUGUGAGCAUAAUUCUCAAAGGACAAAAUCUCGCAGGCACCCUCCCCCCAGAUUUUGCCGGGUUGCCUUACCUCCAAAAUGUAACUACUCAUAACAGAGAUACCACAUGCUGUACGUAG